GGCUAUCUAUAUCAAUUUAAUUGCAAAUAGAAUACAAGGAAAACGAUUUCAUUGGCUGAGGCAAAUUACCCUGCCCGCAAAUUCGGUACGUCGGAAGGAAAAUUCACACUAAGAUUGUCCCCAAAAUUCAAUUCCACAAAAUUCUUCCCUUUUUCUGAAUUCAGUUUUCACCGGAUAUUUUAUGCCAAUUUGCUUUCAAUAGCUUUAACAAUUUAUAGCUACGACUAAAUUGUAAAAUAUCACAAAAACAGGUGGAAAACUUUCGACAAGCAAUCAUUUAAAUAACCAAAAGUAGCUAACAUAGCUGUUUUUGCAGUAAAAACAGGUUUUAUUAUGGCUAGCGAAGUUGCGAUUAAUAAAAAUCAUCAGCAAAACCAACUUACUGAAGUAGAGUUAACAUCUUUGGAAAACUUCGUCAAAAACCUUUCCCCAAAAUUAGAAAAACGACAGGUCGUCAAUUUCGUCCCGGAGCCUCAAAAUUACUACCAGUCGCUCAAAAGUUCCAAAAACUACUCAAUUUCCGAAUCGCCCGUUCAAGAAUUCCAGACUAGUCAGAACAACCCUUUCUAUUUGAACAGUUAUUUGUUCCCGUUGCCGACCGUUCAAAAUGUUCACGGAACGAGUUCUUCGACUUGCAAAGAGCCGAGCAGCAACACAGGCGAAAUAGUCAGUUCUUCGUCUCUGCAUUCGCUGGACAAUGUUGUAGCGUCUCAAAACUCGACUUUGGGCUACCAUGGUUAUUACAAUGCCCAGAGUUUCAUAACUUUGCCGAGUAACGAGCUCGGCCAAAAAGUCGGGCAGUCGAUGUUGCCGAUCAUCCACGAAAGGUGCAUUUGUGCUAGAGACGAUUUAGGAAACCGACUCGGCUGUAGUUCGGAAAUGCCGACUAGUGCAUUCGGUUCUCGAUUUUAUUUGGCCAAAAAGCUGAUGCCUCCUUCCCUUACAUGGAUUGGAGUUUUAUGGACUCUAAUUUCCGUCACACUCGCGUUUCUCUCCGCCUUCAGCAUAAUUUCUUCGACUUGGGUGCUGCAGUUCGCCGAUUCUGACCAAAAUGGAUUCGGCCCGAUGAAAUCUUGCCAACUGACUGUGGAAGACAACCUGUACUUUGUUCAGCAUUGUUCAUACUUCGUUCUAGACAAUGGAGUGAUGAAUUGGCCGAGCAGUCCCUUUCAAGUCACAGCUCUUCUCUAUUCUGUCGGAACGUUUUUUCUGCUAAUUGCAUCGAUUUUCGCUUUUUCGUCUUUGUUGACACUUUCAGUUUGGCGACAAAGAACGAGCUGGCUCGCCGGAUAUUUUCAACUUUCAGCAGUUCUUGUUCAGUCAUUUGCUCUCGCCAUCUUCCCCAUGGGAUUCAGAAGUGUCUUCGUUAGGAACAUGUGUGGCCCUAAUGUGUCCAUGUACAAUAUGGGCAACUGUCACUUAGGGUGGGGAUACGUGCUGGCUAUAGUCACUACAAGUCUUGUCAUUUUCUGCCCUUUUCUGUCCAAAUUCUCAACCAAAAGGUCAACCAAGAGGUGCUUGAGGUCAACCCAGUUCACGAAUCAGACAAACUCGGGUUACGCAGUGUCGUCAUCGCAAUGCUCGAAUGUUCCGAUUUCGCUCUCAACUGGAUGUGUUUGAAAAUUUUCUCAAACACAGAUUUAAUCUAGAAUUUGAAAAAAACAACAACAUUGAAUAUUUUGUCCUAAAUUGCAAGCGUUGGUAAAUUAAGAUUUGAUUUUACUGUUUGUAAAAAAAAAUCUUGCAAUAUCAAAGCAUCUACAAAUUAGUUUUAUACGCUCAAAUAA